GCAACCAUGAGCUGGUUAACAGUGGAGGACCUGUGGCAGGUGAUAAGGCUUCAGAAAGAAGAUGGUCGUCGACAUUUAACAAAAUUGCUAAAAUGGGAAGAUUUUGAUGAAGAGAGAGAUUUAAAACCAGGCAUACUUCUUGACUAUCUAUAUGACACUAUUAUAUUUGCUGCUGACAAAGGAUUUCCAUGGCCCAGUGUUGCAGUGGCAGUUUGCUUUUCACAGGAAUUACUUUGUGAAACUAAAGGAAAAACUAUUCAGGAAGCUAUUGGAAAAUUGUGGGAUAAAUGUGAACAAUACCAAAAUAAACUGAAUUCUAAUUACCUCCAACAUUUAGCCAAUUAUUUACUUGGAACUUUCUUCAAACAUUAUCAUCUCUACCAAUUUGUACUGUGUAAACUCAGAGAGGUUGAUCAAACCAUACAUAAACUUGUAGUCCAUGUACCCCAAGAAGUUCCACCUUUAAAGAAUGGAACAGACAUUGAGCUUUGGGAAUACCAGCAACAAUUGGCAAAGCUCAGUGAAGCUGAAGCCCAGUUACGUAAUGGUAUGUCAGCAUUUCGUGAAGACAGACUGUUGAAAAGUGAACAAGAAAUGGACAAGUUUUACAAGGACCUUAAAUUUCAAAAUAGAGAAGUGAUUGAUAAAGCAAAAUUAGAAGAAAUUGUCAAAGUUGCACACAAUAUGCAGAUGACAGCGACUUCUGAAGUACUGCAAAAAGAGAUUGAAACUACAUUUCAAAUUCUAGAUGUAAAACUCCAAAAGACAACCAUACCCGUCCCAGCAUCUAAACAUCCUCAAUCUUCUUCGAUGAUGGGAACUAAAGCUAGAAAAUCAAACAAGAAGAAAUAG